AUGCUUGCUUUCAUCUCACUCCACCUGAAAACCCUGCACUUCCACACCUUCACAGACUUGUUGGCAGUUGAGGACCCUGUUUCCAAAGGUGUAACAGUCCUUGCCUACCCCAGCAAUGACAAGGACAUAUUGUCAUUUCCCAAUAACGCACAGGUGCUAGUAUACAGCAAGGAGGCUGGCAGCCGACGGGAUCUUUGGGGAGUUGAGAUCAAAGGAAGGCGAGGAUAUGCACCUUUGAAAUACAUCCGUGAACACAAGAUCUUAAAAUCAAAACUUGACUAUGAGGUGCCAACAGAACCUUAUAUGGGAAAAAGUGAUGGAGGACCUAGCAAAGACAACCCAUCUGAAGAGUCCCCCAACCAGGAGCCCAAGGCUAAUGAGAAAACUGUCACUGACUUUACUGAAAUUCCUAAAGUUGCCAUAACUGCUGAAGAUGUGGAGUACAACAACCUGCCCCCAGCACCCCCAGCAGAGGAACACCUUCAGAGUGAGGAAACCACAAGUCAUGCCUCUCCUCCAAACUUAAGUCCAGAAUCUGAAGAUGCUAGUCAACCAGACAGUGAUGGAGGCACUACUACAGAAAACAGUAAAACUCCUCAGGAAGAAGAGAAGGAAGUGCCAGUAAAUCCAGGUGAAGUUAAGGAAGAGGUAGAUGAUGUCAAAGAAUCUGAGAGCCUCAUCACUCUUGAGCCGUCAUCAGUCUCUUUUGAAGUGAUUGACGGUACUACUUUAUAUUUUGAUGAAGAUAUCAGCACUGCCACCACCACUUCAAAGGACUCCCAAACAUCAGAACUUCCUGCAGCUUCCCUUGUGUUAGGUGAUACUCCUACAACAGUACCUAUUCCUGCAUUGCUGCAUCAUUCAACCCCCACCAGUCCACCAAAGGAUGCACAAGUUGAGGAGCCCAAGGUGACAGACCCAGGCAUUGACCAAGAUGAAGCAGCAGACUCCAUGCCCUUGCCAGACACAGAGGAGAGUGUCACUAGUGGGCCGGAGACAACCUCUGAGACCGUGGAAUUGCCAGCCUCCGCUACUGACGGUGAAAUGGUCACUGAAGCGAGUUUACACGUCAGUGAAAAAGAAAGCAUAUCCAUGGCAGAGGAGACAGAACCACCAUUGGAAGAUGGUGAUGAAGGACAUUCUGAGGCGAGAGACAUUGAUUUCCUUGAUUCUCUCCCAGAAGACAGAGAAACAGUUCUGACAACAGAGGAGCCAGAGAAUGAAUUUGGUGCUCCUAAAGUGGAAACGAUUAUCGAAAGUACCGAUGUUCCGACUGAGAAACCUGUCGAAAGUGAGGGUUUCUUUUCAUCUUGGUUUAGCAGCUCAGAAACUGCAGAAUCUCCAGAGGCAGAAACUCCAGAGACUCCUGAUCCGAGUGAAUCAGAAGCUCCUUUGGAUGAUGUUGUGGAAGUUGAAGUCACAGCCUCUGAGGACACCAAAGAAUCACAAGUCGGUGGUGAUGAAGGAAUAACUUCUCAUGGUGCUGAUGUGCCUCCAGAUGAUAUUUCUGUCCCUGUAGAGGAGAGUGAAAGUGCCAAUACUGAUGUUCAAGUUUCACAUGACACAGAAGAUGUAGAUGAAAAUGUCCCUGACUCCUCUCAGUCCAAUCUUUCAUCUGUAGAGAACAGUUCUUCAGCUACAGUUGAUGAGGAGCCAUCAUCUGAUGUGCUCCUUGAGAUGCCAGAUAAUGCCUCCUCAACAGACUUGGGUCAGAAUGCCAGUGACACAGCAGAGGGUAGUGAAGAGGAUGCAGGUGGUUAUCUAGGUAUGGAGGAUUUAGAGCUUUUUGAUGACAUUCAGGACGGUGUGGACGUUAAUGAUAACACUGUAGUGGAACUGACAGCUAGUUUUGGGGAUGAUUUUGAUUUAGCAACAGAGCUUUCACCACUUGAAGACAAAGGCAAGGCAAUCAGACAACAUGACAGUAGUUAUAAUUAUUUUGAUAACAUGGAGUUAGAUGCAAUACAUGAUCUAGAAUUAGAGAAGGAAAGCAGUGUUGUUCAUAGUAGAGUGGGUUUUGCAUCACAUGAAGUUGAUAACUCUACUACUUCAGGUACAAAUGAUUUGAUUUAUUAUGAUGAUGAUGAUGAUGAUGAUGACUCUCAAGGUGCACAUGAACACAUAAAUACUAAUGAUGGUUUCCAAAUUCUAUCAACUGAUAAGCCACUUGACAGCUACCUUGAGAAAAAGGAAUUUGUUAGUUCUGGUCAGUAUGGUACAGAUGGUAGUAUCUGGCUUGAUAACCUGGAAGUUGAAAGUGCUAGUAUCUCCAACUUUGAUUUUGAUAAUGCCAGCAAAUAUUUGGACUCUAAAGCAUCUACAAGUGUACUUGAUGCUGAAAAUGACACAGAACUAUUAGAAAGUGCUAACAUUGUAGAUCAUGCUUUUAUUCAGCAGACUUCUAAUGACAGUAAUGAUGAGAAUGUUGCUAUUGGUAAUGCUGAGAAAGUAAGUGGUGCCAAAGUAAUAGAAGCAGAUGUAGAUAAGAUCCCAGUAUAUAUAGACACAAUAGAUGUUGAAACCAUAGUGAGUAGUACAGAAUCUAUCUCUUAUUCCACUUCUGGAGUAGAAAACCCUCCCACUUCCUUCUCAGGUGAUGGAGGGAAAGAGCCUGGACCCAGUACUGCUCGACCAAUGUAUGCUGAUCCUGAGCCCACAAUUCAAAGCUACACAGAUCCUAAUGUAGACCCUGAUGAAUUGGCACGUCUUGCAGGAGCUCUAGAGGCUCAACAGGUGGAUAAAGAAUCCUUGACCAAAGCUGAAACACAAUUUACAAGUAAAGUUGAGGAUGUUGGUGAUACUUUGCAAAUAAUAGGAGACAAAGGUGAGGGACAAUUUACAGUGUUUGAAGAUAUUAGUGAUGUCAAAUUUGAGAGUCAUGAUGUGGAUAAAAAUGAACAGACAAGUGAGGACUUCAGUGUAGUUCAGUGUGGGGAUGAAGCCAGAAUAGUUCAGUCUGAGGGAGAUGUGUUUGUGGAGUAUGAGGUUAAGUCCUUAGUUGAACAUGUGUUUGAACUUGAGGUUAAGUCUGUUGUUGAGCAUGUGUUGGAAACAAAUGUGGAAGCUUUGAUUAAAUACGAGUCUGAGGUUCAUCCACUGAUUGAUCUUGAUGACAAAUCUUUUUUUGAAUCUGAACUUGGAUAUAUAUCUGAACAUAAUUUGGAGCCUGUAGUUGAAUUUGCUAGUGAGCCUGAGUGUGACCUAUUGACUGAACCUAAUGAGUCUGUGGUGGAACCUGAUAGGAAAUCUUCAGUUGUACUUGAAAUAGAGUCUGUUGUUGAAGAUGAUAAGGAGAUGAUGGUUGAAAUGGUAGUUGAGUCUCUGGUAGGAUUUGAAGAUGAGUCUGUGAUUAAAUAUGAGUUUGAGUCUGUAGUUGAACUAUAUGGUGAGCAUGUGGCUGAACUUGAGGGUGAAUCUAUGGUUGAACUUGGAUAUGAAUCAAUGAUUGAACAUGGAAGUGAGUCUGUAACUGAGCUUGAGGAUGAGUUUGUUGAAGAACCUGACAUUGAAUCUGUGGUUGAACAAAGGUCUGUUAUUGAACCUGAGAUUGAAGGUGUGGUUAACUUUAAAGAUAAAGUUGUGGUUGAACGUCAUGUUAGAUCUGCUGGUGGAGUGGAGGUAGAACCUAUGAUUGAUUCUGAGUCAAAGUCUGUGCUGGAACUUAGGAUUGAAUGUAUGGUGGAGAAUGUUGUGGAAUAUGAUAUUGAUCCUCAGAAAGAGAGUCCAGUUGAAACCAAAAAUUUGUAUGUGAAGGAAUCUACAGUUGAAGGAGCAUUUUGGCCAGGAGUGCAGGCUGUUGUAGAAAGUGAAAUUGAGUCUACAAUUCAGUAUGAAGUUCAGCCUGUAAUUGACCUUGAUCCAAUGAUUGUGAUUGAGAAUGUUGAAGCUCUCAGCCAGUCUGUGGUACAAACUGAAGCUAAGUCAGUUCUUGAACCUGACCUUUAUAAAUCUAUAAUUCAACAUGAGGAGGAGUCUGUGAUUGAACCCGAGGCUGAGCCCGUACCUGAAUCUGUGGUUAAGCCUGUGGUGGAAAAUGAGGCUGAGCCAAUGGUUGAAUAUGUUGAAUCAGAGACUAAGCCUGUUGUUCAAUCUGCGGUUAAAACUGUAAUGCAGCCUCUGGUGGAGCCUAUGGAGGAGUUUGUGGCCCAGCCUGUGAUUGAACAAGAGGUUCACCCUGUGGUUGAAGCAGUGGUGGAGUCUUUGGCUAAGCCUGUAGUAGAACCUACAGUUGAGCCUAUGGUGGAGCUUUUAGUGAAUUCUGUCAUGGAACUUGUGAUGGAGUCUGUGUUUGAACCUGUGGUGGAACCUAUGUUUGAAAGUGGAGCCUAG